AUGGGCGAGUUCCAGUUGUUGAACGAAAUUCAAAAGCUACAAAAUGUAGAAAACUACUCAAUUCCCAAUGAGCACGAGGUUGGUGACAUGGACGAGAGAGCAAUCACUAGGAUUCUGGAGGGAGCUGUUGAGACAGUAGCAGAUAAUCAUGAGACUCUUUCAGACCCGGAGGUUUUUGAUGUGUAUAGGAGUUUACUCAAGCACCCAGAACACCUCUCAGGGGGACACUUAUCCAAAAUGUUGGACUCUUUGCUCUCUGGGUUUCAGGCCGAGGCAAACGCCGCUUCUAACGACAUCGAUGCUGAUGACCAUGAGUCAUUUUCGCACCACCGGACUACUCUGGAGAUGUAUGCUUUUCUGUUACAUUGGUUUUGUGUCACGGCGGAUAAGCAGGGGCUCAAGGACGAGGACAAUGGGGCUGCAGCGAAGCCCAAGAGAGGUAAAGGGAAGGCCGCCGGAGGGAAAAGAGCAGCGUCUUCCCGGGCCGAGACUUGGUCGUGGGCAGAGGCUGCGCCUCAAACACUUUCUGUUGUCGGAAAGAUAUUGAAAAUCAAGUCAGGUCGUCUCUGGGUGUCUACUCCAGAGCGGCGCGCGUUUAUUGACACUCUUACCCGACCGGCGUAUACGAUCACCGAGUCCGAAACACUUAUGAAGGACGAGGUAAUUCGUGUGAACGUGUACAAGGUUAUAUGUAUGGCAGUCAAGCACCAUGACCACGCUCAGAGUGCACAGACAUUAAUAAUGCAGUCCGUUCAAUUGCACGAACACCUUUCGGAACCUAUGGCUGAGGUGCUGAGUAUCCUCGGGCGCGACUUUGAUUAUCCCCAAUUGACCGAAGCGAUCAUGAGGGAGUUUGGAAACAAGACCUUCAACGCACAGGAUACCAAAACCCCUAGGUCGUUCAGCAAAUUCUUGUUGCGACUGACUGCCGAAGUACCUCGUCUAGUUUUGACGCAAUUUCCGCUUAUACAAAACCACAUUGAUAGCGAGUCCUAUACAAUGCGGAUGGCUCUAGUUGAAAUAAUUGGUUUGCUCAUCAAAGAAGUGGCCGAGGAUGAACUUUUUGAGAAGGAGCGGAAGGAAAAACGACUCAACUCGCUGUUCAGCAUCCUAAUUGCUCGCUUUUUGGACGUUAGCACAUACGUUCGUGCCCGACUUUUGGCGACUCUAACAAGACUCUGCGAACUACCAAACAAAUUCCCUACCCAAAGACUUCGAAUGACCGUGGCCGUCGUCUGCGCACUCAAGGACCGUGCAAGCACUGUUCGCAAAAAUGCAGUCAUGUUGUUGACCAAGCUCAUCCUUACACACCCGUAUGCUUUGAUUCAUGGUGGCCCGUUGAACAAGGAGGAAUGGGAAGCUGGAUACGCUAAGGUGUGCAAGGACCUCCAGGCGCUCGGUGAGGUGGAGCAGGGGAGGAUUGAAGCCGAGGCGGAGGCGACAGAAACCAAAGCGGAGCAAGAGGGAGACGAGAUGGAAGUUGAUGGGGAGGAGGAGGAAGGUGAAGAUGAGGAAGGAGAUGAAGGAGAUGAAGGAGGCAGGAAGAAGAAGGCCAAGAAGGUCAAAUCGGAGAAGCCCUCUGCACCAGCACUUGAUCUCACAAACGUGACCGAAGAGCAACUCCAGGGAAACGACGGCGCCCGAUUGAGGCUCACUAAAAAGUACUAUGCCGAUGCGCUGAAUUUUAUCCAGCACGUUGAGUUAGCAAUGGAGAACAUCGAGGAACUCUUGACUUCAACCUAUAGGUCCGAAACUCUAGAGGCAAUCGAAUUCUUCCGCGUAUGCCAUGAUUAUGAGAUAAAAGCUGCCUCUAAAGGUAUUAGGGACAUGAUUCAUCUCAUAUGGAGCAAAGAUACUGGAGGGAAUUCCGACGAAGAAAAGGAAGUGAAAGGCGUUCGGUUGCGCUUGAUUGAAUGCUAUAGACAUAUCUAUUUCGACCCUCGCGCUGGACUGGACCCGAAGUCCCAAAUCAACCGAGUUGCAAAAAAUAUGAUCGAACUAACAUAUAAUUCCACUGUGGCCGAACUGACGUCCUUGGAAGAGCUCAUGCGAACCAUGGCGGAGGACAACCAGAUUCAUCCGGACAUCAUUACUAAGCUAUGGCAAGUGUAUAGUACCGAUAAGGAUAUUCCUAAGGCACAGCGUCGAGGUGCAAUUGUGGUCCUAGGGAUGAUUGCUGUAGCAAAGCCAAAAGUCGUAACGGAGAGAAUCGAUACGCUUUUGCAUGUUGGACUGGGUCCUCUGGGAAAGGAGGACCUCGUGCUCGCCCGAUAUACAUGUGUGGCGUUACAGCGCGUUAGCGGGAGUCAUAAGAAGGUUAAGGGGUCACUUGAGGACAAGUCGACUCGUCUGCCAAUGACAAAUAUUGUCUUCACUCGUUUGAGAGAUGCGAUUGAACAGCCGAGUAGUUCUAAGGAAUGGUUUGGCAUGGCCGAGCAAGCUAUUAAUACAAUCUAUCAACUUGGAGAGCAGCCGGACACGCUUUGCUCGGAGUUGAUUAAGACGCUUACCAGGCGUGUGUUUGCACCCCCUGCCAAAACUGCGCCGCCGCCAGCAAAUAACGACGAAGACGUUGAGAUGGCUGAAGGAGAUGGGGAUGAGGACAUGACCCCUCGAGCUCCAGAAUCUACCCAGAGCGCAGCCAUCCCUGAACCUUCGCAGCAACCAGCUCAAACUGGGGACAUGGGCAACGCAUUCCACCUUAGCCAGCUUGUGUUUGUUGUCGGCCAUGUUGCGUUGAAACACAUUGUUCAUUUAGAACUGGUCGAGAGAGAGUGGAAGAGAAGAAAGGAUGAAGCUGCAAAGGCCGAAAAGAAACCUACCAAGGGAUCCAAGGCGGCAGCAGCAUCGACGACGGAUGAUAUUGAACAAGUUGCCGGAAACGCAGAGGACGAUAUCGGCGAUACGAUUUUGCAGAUUCGCGAGCAUGAGUUGCUUACGGGCCCAAAUUCACUCCUGGCCUUGUAUGGACCAAUUAUAAAAGAGAUUUGUGGAACUCCAAAGUCCUACAAGAAUCAAAUUCUGCGUAUGGCAUCCACGCUUGCACUCAGCAAGCUCAUACUCAUGCAAACGUCUCGAAACCCAAUCAUCCGAAGCAACAUUAUUAUAGCACUCGGCGAUGUGGCUAUAUGCUUCAACAAUAUGAUUGACGAGAACAGCGAUCGUCUUUACGAUGGAUUGUCUGAUCCCGACUUGACGGUCAAGAAAAAUACCCUGAUGGUGUUGACGCAUUUGAUUUUGAACGGGAUGAUCAAGGUCAAGGGGCAGCUCGGGGAGAUGGCCAAAUGUUUGGAAGAUGAAGAUAAGCGCAUUGCAGAUCUUGCCAAGCUGUUCUUCCAGGAGCUUUCAACAAAGGAUAAUGCGAUCUACAAUAACCUCCCCGAUGUCAUUAGUCAUUUAUCAGUUGGAGAGCAUUCUGUCCCCGAAGAGGCUUUCCAAAGCACCAUGUCAUACAUCUUCAAGUUUAUUGAAAAGGAAAAACAAGCAGAAACUAUUGUCGAGAAAUUAUGCCAGCGUUUCAGAUCUGCAGCUGAAGAACGGCAAUGGCGGGAUAUUGCGUUCUGUCUCUCGAUGCUUCCUUACAAGUCUGAGCGGUCUGUCAAGAAACUCAUCGAGGGAUUACCAUUCUAUCAGGAUAAAUUGCACGAAGAGACUGUGUUCAUGAGGUUUAAUGAAAUCCUUUCCAAGGCGAGGCAGAACAAGAGCCCGAAUAAACCUGACACGGAACUUAACGAGUUUGAGGCUAUCCUUCAAGAACACAAGAACAAGGGCGAACAGGACAACGAGCUCGCGAAGCGCACGGAACAUAACGUCGCUGUUGCACAGAAGCGAGCAACCAAGAGAUCUGCGAGGAAAAGACAAAAAUCGACACACGAUGAUGAUUAG